GAAGAGGAGGAGGAGCCACCAGCAGUAGAGAAGAGUGGAAGGUGGGUGGGUACUGCGCUGAGCACAGAAGUCUGAGACCGAGGCUGCCACAGCCUAAGCAGGUCAGGGAGAGAAAGAAGGCUUGAGGCCGCAGCUGAAGUGGGGCAGGAAAGAGAAGGGAGCUGAGGCCCAGGCGGAGUGUGCACAGCUGCCUUUGAAGAUGGAGGUCAUGGGUGGACAGGCCCCUGCUGGGCCUGGAGGUCUGGCAGCCGUAAACAUGGGGCCUGAAGCCCUCAUCCUAGCUGUGGCAGUGGCUGGAGCUGGAGGGGGGCCGUCGCCUACGACCGGGAGCGGAUCGAGCCCAGAGACCGAUACAUGGACAUGGACAUGGACUUGGAAGGGGGAGUGGUCAGGGCAGGAUAUAGCACUAGGCCCCACGUUGGCCGCUCUGUUGCUGCUGUACGCUGCAUUGUGGGCUAGUGUGGUAGAGCUGAGAUGGAGGGUCCUGGAUCUGGCUCAGCAGCAGGAAGAAGAACCAGACCAAGAGGCAGGGGCAGAGGAAAGGGCAGAGACAAGGGCAGAGGCAGAGGCAGGGGCGGAAGCAAAGCAGGUGCAGGAGCGGGAGACUGAGCAGGAGUCGGAGCUCAAACAUGAGCGAGAUGCAGCGCCCGAGAUAGAGACGGAGUCAGAGGCCGAGGCAGAGGCAGAGGUAGAGGCAGAAGCAGAGCUGGAGGAGCUCCGGGAGCCUUCGGGUGCUUGGGGCCCAAAGGAGCCUGCAUCUUUAUGUGAGAUCGGGCCCUGGACCAAUGUGCCUGUACUGGGGAUGUGUGCCCGCCCUGUAAGACUAGCGGCUGUAGUGGUUGCUGUCCGCUCGGGUCUGGUGCUGAAAAUGACGACAUUGGACGCAAGAGCAAGGGGUUUGCUGCUGUCCCGCUCACAGCAAGUGAUCCUGGAUGAGGGCAGCUUUCGUUCCCUGCGUCCUUUGAGAGUGGAUUUGGUCCGCAUGAACAGGUGCUGGAACAAUGGACGCUUCUUCCCUCGGCUAGGAGCCUUCCAAGAGCACCUGCUUAACCUACUGGAGUGGGAGGCCCGCCAAGCAAGGACCAACAUUCUCGUCUUCCUGGACAACAAGGCAAUGAAGAAAAUCUACCAUCGGGUUUUCAAUGCCUACAAAAUGGUUGGCGAUCCCAAAGUGAGUGGCCUGUCAUUCCAGCAGCUCCUUGAGAUCUUGCUGUCUUGUAAGAAGAUCACAACUACCUAUAUUAAGAGGAGCAGCAUUGCUGUCAUGGUGGAGGGAGAAGAUGCACAUCUGCUCAACUUUGGUGCUGGGUAUGGUGUGAAUCUUGGACAGAGGGGCCUGGAAUCAAGUGAAGAAUUAGCCACCAACAUGGCAACAUCUGGGGAUCCCAGAGAUGUUUUCCAACCUUUGUCAGCUAACACUAAAGAGUCCAGAGAAAUUGUUGAUGAUUCUAAAAGUGAUGGGUUGUUUGGUGUUCUCUUUGAGUGAAAAGGAGCAAGGAGAACAGGUCCCUAUCUAGCCCUUGAUUCCUGAAAAAUCCUCCAAAGUUAGUCAAAAUACUACUAGUCAGCAAAUGGUGUCAUCAUGAUUCCAUGCCUUUAAA